AUGGAAUCCGGACAGAGCAGUCCCACGUCAACGAAGGAUUUCAAGAAGUUUCGUGGUAAUCAGAGUUGCUGGCGACGAGAAGAACGAGGCGGGUCUUAUAUCCGGAAUGUUCGAACCCACACGUUCGCACCCAAGGAUCUCCUGGCGUUGCUGAAGAAUUUGGAGCACGAGAUCAGCGUGUGCGAGACCAGCCUGAAGGACGAGAACGAUAAAAGAAACAAGUACAAGAUUGACGAUUGCCGGAGAACGCAUAAUUACGAUGAAUUUAUUUGCACCUUCCUCUCGAUGCUCGCCCAGCAAGGGAAACUGGCGGAAUUGGUCCAGCAACAUCUAACAUUAAAGAAACAUUCUUCUGUCUCGGUGAAUAGAGUUCACAGGUCAUCAAAGAAGUCAGACACUCGUCAAAAUUCGUCACGCAGACGUCGUGGUAGAACAAAAUGUAAAAAACGAAAGUAAUCUGUAACUAUGUAAAUUUUAACCUUAGGACAUCAUUCCGUCGAUUCGGAACUAUUUGGAUUGUUUAUAAUGAGCAUAUACGAAACACAUAUGAAAACUUGAUAGUUUCAAAAAAAUCAUACAAAGGGUCAUACAUAAUGAU